AUGCCUCCAUCUCAGUCCUCAAAUUUCCGACUCCCUUCCUACAUCUUCAAUAAGGCAUUGAGCUGGCCGCGGCUGCCAUCGCUGUUCCUGGGACUUUGUCAGAUAUAUCUUAAUACUAAUGACGCCGUUGCAAGGAUUGGCGCUGAGCAGCUGGUUGACGGGAUGAAUCUCAGCAAGGAAUGGUGUGACAUGAAUCUUCUCCAGGCUGGUCAGGAAGUUUUAAAACUUGCUUACAUAUUGGUACAAGAGAACGCGGGAAGAAUGGAUCCAUUUUCUGGAAACAAAAUCACAUGUUACAUACAUAGCGAGCAUGAUGCGCAGCUACUACGUGAACUUCCGGGCGCAUCGUUCAGGACGGCGCCAAAGCCGGCGCUAAGGACGAUGCCCAAUUGCGACGCAUGGCAAGAUCUUGGGCGCCUUCCUGUCAACAUCUCUGUGUGA